AUGUUAAGUGAAGUGCUGUUGCUCACGCAAACGCUUCAACUCCUUCUUGGAAGGAGCACCUUGUUGGGCAAUCAAUGGAUGUCUCCAUUGCUUGACAUAGGUGAACAAAACAUCGGCCAACUGGUCCAAGUCUGUGAUGCCCAAGUCGGCGAAAGUCUUGGCCGAAGGGUCGAUUUUCUGGUGGAUCAAGUGUCUUUGCACCUGGUCUGGGUUGGUUUGCUUCCAGUACAAGAGUUGCUUGAGCUGAGCCACGCCUUUGGCCAAAGACAAAGGAACCUCGUAGUCGGCAAAGUUGUAGGAGAAAGGACCCACCUGAGAUGUGUCUUGCGUGAUACCGUGGAUCAUCUGUCUGAUUUCCAAGAAGCUCAACUUUUCUGGUCCGUACAACUCAUAAGUCUGGCCCACGGUGGAGUCGUCGUAUCCAAUCUUCUCCAAUGCUCUGGCGACAUCGAGCACGUGCACGGGAUAGAUUUCUUUGGCGUUUUUGUUAGGCGUCCACAUCUUCAACUUGGGUCCCAAGUAGUUCAACAAGUUGUCUUCACGGCCAAACAUGGGAGAAGGUCUGACAAUGGUGGAGUCGGGCAAAAUGUCACGCACAACCUGCUCCGCAAUGCCCUUUGUAGCGUAGUAGAUGGACGACGACGAAGGGUCAGCGUUGUAGGACGACACAUAAACAUAUCUUGGGUUUCCCGCUUCCUUGACGGCCUUGGUGAUUCUUUCGGUGAUUCCAACGUUCACGUCGGCAAUGGAAAAGUUCUUGGUCCAGUAGUCGGCACCAAUACAGUUGAAAACAAUGUCCGAGUGAGCCACGGCCUCGGCAAUGGAGUCCAAGUUUCUGGCGUCAAACUCAACAAAGUUCACCACACCCAAAUCGCCGCUGACUUUCAAAAAACGCUUUUUCAUGUCGUCUCUGAAAGGAACCACGACGUUGGUGCCGUGCUUGGCCAACUUCGAGUUCAAGUAGCGGCCCAAAAAGCCCGAGGCUCCGAAAACAGUGGCAGUGUAGCCUGUUCUGGAAGAACGGCCUCCUGGCCCCACAGAAACAUUGACUUUUCCGUUUCUGGUGAUGUUGACAUCAGAGCCCAAAAACGCAGUGUGGACGGAUCUCGUUCUGGACACAGAGGCCCUCACAGAAGCUCUCAACAUGGUGGUGGUUGA